AAAGCCCUUUCUUUCGACCAACUCCCGACCCAGUUCUACUACCCUCUUCGGUUGGCCGUCUUUUCUUUGUGUACCAGUGAAAAAAGCCGCCAAUCAAUUCCACCGAUCCAUGGGCGUUGUAAAACCGGCAAAGAAAGGCGCUACCUACCUACCUAACUCACACGGUGAGCGGUGCAGUUGGAACAAUGAGCUUCCUUUGACAGACCUAAAGCGGCUGGCACUUGGUUCAUGAUGUGCAGGUCGACAUCAGUCAUGAUUUCCUACAUUUCGUCCAGUUUCUGGCUUAGGAUUUAUCUUUGGCCCUCAUCCUUUGCCAUCCAACAUGAUUGACCCGGAAGGACGACUCUGGGCAGGAUCUGGCGGGUUGCUCAUCGGAGGACCAUACACUUGGUAUAUCACCGACUCUGACCAGAGGAGGACCUUCGCUGUCACGUAUGCACCGCCUACUCCCCUCGACAAUUCCGAGACAACAGAGGAAAUCUGCAUGAACCAGCUGAAGAAGCACGUGGACGAACUCGGGGAUGGUGUUUUCGGCAUCCGUUUCUCUGAGCCUGAUGGACCCGUUACCACAUUGACGGACCGAAAAGACGACGUGACGAUAUGCGUGAACAACUACCCUCUGUCUGCUUUGGGCCUCGAUUUCCCGAUCAAGACAAUCUCUCUGUCCGCCCUGACAGAGCUGGAUCGCCUGGGACACCAGGUCGACUUGGUGUCUUACCAGGGGCCACCGUGUGCUGCGGGUGCGGCUCCCACAACGACAAAGGCUGCAUUCAAGUACUGGUUCCUGGCAAAUGGCAUGUUUCGGACUUGGUACGAACUCAACAGCUGGAGCCGACUCCCUCGGGAUCAUCCGCACAUCGUUCCUUUCGACUCGGUUGUUCUCGACCCUCACACUGGGGGCAUCGUUGGGUUUACGACCCUUUAUAUACCCGGCGGCACCCUGCUCGACAACAAUGCCGCGACACGGCCGUUUCGCCUUCGUUGGUUCCGCCAACUCCUCUCGGUGGUGGAUGACCUGAACUACCGGUACGGGAUGAUGCAUCAAGACAUUGCGGCACGCAAUUUGCUGGUUGAUGAAAACGACAAUCUCCGGAUUUUCGACUUCAACUAUUCCAUCAUGAUCGAGGAGCACUACACGCCAGACCGCGACGACAUUAAAGGCGUUAUCUUGACGCUCUAUGAGAUCGUCACGUUGGAUGAGCAUUUCCGUGAGGUCCCGCACGAUGAGCAGGACGCCGAGGCGGUGCUCGGUAUGAAGUGGGAAAAGCACCCCGACGUCAAGCUGGACGCCGAUCUCGAGGAUUUCAGGAACAUGCUCGACUCAUGGGUGAAGAAGAGAAAGGCGAAGGACUUCUUCAAGCCCACAGACACCUGGGUCCGCUGGCCUUGGAUGCCCAAGCCACCUGCUAUAGCCAUGCUAGACGUCGACCGCGAUAGAAAUUGCACAGGGAUCAAGAUGCAGUCUACUCGGACUGUCAACAGAAGAGACCUUGUCCUCAUGGAGCAGGAGCAUUGGAACUGGGAAAGGCCUGCAAGCUACAGCUUAACGGAAGCUCUCGAGAAAGACAAAGCUGGAAUUGUUAGGGAAGAGGCUAAGAAUGGGGUUCGCGAGUAAACGGCAUGUGGCGGCGUUGAGUCUGUAUUUUUAUGCAUGUGCGUCGCAGUUGGAUCAUCAACUCUUUAUUCUGGCCGAGUCUGGCAACCAU